ACAUAUUCGCCUGGCCCGCCCCUAAAGCGGAAACAUUUGUCCACUUUUAUCGUCUCAAAGAAUGCAACAGGUCGGAAAAUCGCAGUGCGAAAGAUCCCAAAAACGCGGGCUGAAACACACCACCAACGCCACAACACCGGUAAGUUUGGAAAUUUGUUAAUUUGCAAAGAUCUGUUGUUAUUAAAUGAGUGGCAAAGAGGAACCAGGGAAAACAGAAUCCGAUUUAUCCGAAUAUCAGCGAAGCCGGAUUGAGGAAAAUCGCCAGAAAGCGCUCAAUCUACGAAAGGCAAGACUGCUUACUCAUCCGUACAACGAAGAGAAGCGCCAGGAAACUGCCCUUUAUGUGAACAAUGUGAUUAAGGUGUCCGGAUCGAAGUACAUCGAUAGUGGAGGCGGAUUUCUGAUCGAGCAACGAACUGCCGGACCGGAAGUGCCCGAGGAGGAUGGUACUAGUGAACCUGCACCAGAGCCGGAUGCGGUCCCCGUUCCUGUGGAGUACGACGAAUGUCUCGAGUGCGGGGAUCGCUUCGCCGAUUCCUACCUGCUCAACACAUUCGAUUAUGCCGUCUGUGACGCCUGUCGGGAUCAGGACGGGCAACACUCGCUGAUUACGCGCACCGAGGCAAAGCAGGAGUACCUGCUCAAGGAUUGUGACCUCGACCGGCGGGAACCGGUGCUGAACUUCAUAAGCCGCAAAAAUCCGCAUAACGUUCGCUGGGGUGAGAUGAAACUGUACCUUCAUCUGCAGAUUGAAAAGCGAGCUCUAGAGGUUUGGGGAAGCGAAGAGAACUUGCUGCGAGAAAAGGAGCAACGUGAGGAGAAACGUGAAGUGGCCAAGGUGAAGAAGUACAACAAACGGCUCAAGGAGCUGCGGAUGGAUGUGCGCAGCAGUUUGUAUGAUAAGACUGUCCAAGCACAUGUCCACGUAUUUGGUGAUUCUGAAGUGUACAAUGAGGCCGAGGACACUUAUACCCGCACCUGUGAAUCCUGCGGUCAUACGGAAACAUACGAAAAGAUGUAAAACGGGACUGCUCCUCUCUUAUCUAGGCUCUUCGCUGUCGGGGUUUGCCCAAUAAAUCGCCUAGUGAAUCAUUUCAUUCCAUUAACAGAGCUAUGUUGUUGUGGUGUUU